ACAGGACAACUUGCCACCUCACAUGUAUCCGUUUUCACACAUUUCAGUGAUGCUGUCACCGGGGAGUCCUUCCAAAUGGCAAGUGCGAGAUUCCCUCUCCUUGACCCCCAGUCUCCUGUACAACGAGAGGGACCAGAUGGAGGAUGAACUGGAGGUCUUUUCCUCUGAGAGCGAGGCAGCAGGAGUUGUGCCUGAUCAAAAGCCAUCCUCCAUGGCUAAUGGGAGCUUUCAGAAUUCAAAAUCGCCUCGCACCUUUGUGAACCAGAGGAGUGAUAGAGCUGAAAAUGUUAAAACCGGAUGUUCCUCUGGAUCUCCAGCCUACACCAGUCAGACUUCAACAUCAUCUGAAAGAAUUCCCACAGAAGGGGACCUGAGGUUUGCACGCAAAUGUGCAGAGCUGCACGGGUACAUCAGACCUCUUUUGGAGCUGUUGAAGGGGCUGAAAACAGGUCGAUAUGAUAAAGGUUUGAGCACAUUUCAACAUAGUGUUGCCAUUGAUAGACUGCGAAGGAUUGUGGGUGUUCUACAAAAACCUGAGCUUGGGGAGAAGUAUAUGGGCAUUCUUCUGCAGCUGGAGGUGAUGUUAAAGGUUUGGUUCCCUCGGGUCAGGCCUCAGCAUCGGGAAGGCACCCCUUCACUCCACAACCUGCCUUCACGCUGGAAUCAGGACCAGUUACAUAUUCCUGUGAAGAAACGCAGAUUAAGUUGGUCAGACUCUGACUCUCAAGGAUCUUCAAGCAGCAAACGCAUUCAAGAGGACGAUCGAGGGCUGAGCCCCAGCGAUAGCGGCUCGUGGCUUAGCAGCUCUGAUACCAUGUCUAGUGAACUUGAAGAAGACAGUCCGAUCUGUACGAAUCAAAAUAUGACAUCUGAAACCAAACUCGCUGAAAACCGCAAACUUCUAGUCAGGCAAAAGACAAGCUCUCUGACUGUAACAGGAAGACCACCUCCGCUUGUAAUACCACCGUCAGCCACAGAUGGCAGCAGCUUGGGCAUGCAAGACUGCUCGGUGUCCUCCACAACUCCUACUUCCAACCCACCAGUAGACACGAUGAUUAGUAAGAAAGAUUUGGGUGAAUCUGCAAAAGAAGAAGGGCCCAAAAAACAGAUUGACACAGAUAUGUUAAACACAUAAUAUUUGAAAGUUUCUCUUUUUUUUUUAAAAGCAUUAAAGCAUUUCUCCAGUCUCUGUUUUUCACAAAGUGACAUUUUUGUUCAGUUAGUCAGAUUUUGCAUCCUGCCACAUCUAUGUACAGCACAGACGUAAUUAUAUGUAUGGCAUAGGAUUUGUGCAUGUACGGUUAUAGACUGAAGAAGUGUCUUAAAAUAUAUGCUCGAGCCGGACAGUUGACCGGUGAAGCAUGCACAGCUUUCCAUGAUAAACACAGACUUCCAACAAUAUCUGCUGCUUUAUGAACAUAAAACCAGGAGGCCAGAUAUCAGCAGAGAGCAGACGAAUGGUCUUGUAAAAUGUCCAGAAGUGUGACUGCGAUCGCAAUCUACCUUAAUGUCCUUUGACUUGAACUGAAAACCACUUUGAGCAUCAGAAGAAAUAAAAAUGCAUUAUAUCAGAGGAUGUUUUAGAGGCAGUUUAAUUUAUUGCAUUAUUACUUGAAGAUACUGAAUUCACUUUAGCAGCCUUAAAGAGUCAGUACAAGUGAGCCAUGGUCAAUGUUUUAUAUUUAUGAAGAUACAGAAAUAAUAAUCCCGGGAACAACAAAUGGGAUGCCUCGUGAUCUGGAGAGUAAACGUUCAUUUAAUGACGAUGUUUUUGCCAAAAAUAGUUUGCACUUUUAUGUUCUGCUUCCAUGUUAUAUGAGUUCAUUUUGUCAUAGAGAUCUAGGUUUUUGUCAUAGGAACAAUUGUUUUUUUGUACUCCCAUUUUUUUUCCCAUUUAAAAUUUGUGAAUUUUAGCAUUGGGACUAUUAACCAUUCUGUAAAACUAAGAAAUGUUCAAGUUAAUGAUGAUGAGUAUGUGGCGUGUCACACACUGUAAAGGUCACACGGAGGAAGAUCAGGCUUGUGUUUUAUUUAACUAUUUGUAGAAUAUAAUCUGACUUUAGAGAUGCAGUAUUUGGUAGUUACUUCAUGAGGAAUGAGAAGAACUUUAUCUGUAUGUUGACUGAGACGCAUGUAGUCACAUCCUUGUGCAGCUGUAUGAGUAUCGUGUGAAAAAUACAUGUAAGUGUAUUGGUGGAAUUAUAAUAGUGAUUAUAUUAUAAGGGAAAAGGGCAUUUGAAGAUGUGUUGUGAUUAAUAUUUAAUGUCACUUGACAGCUUCAUGUGAUUGUGAAGGUAGCAUUUUUAGGAAGAUGUUUUUUUAUUAUUACUAGUUUCAGAAAAGUCAGCCAUUGUAGCACCACUGUAAAUUUCUAUUCAUUAUUCAAAACCAUUUUCUCUUGUAAGUCUUUUCUGUUCUUGCAUCAAAGUUUUUGUCAAGGUUGCUAAAAUGUUUUCAGUAUGCUUCACUUUUUGAUAUCAUUAAAUGUUUCCAAAUUUCUUAUA